AUGCAAGGUCAGGGAACAUAUCUUGAAAACUAUUUGGAGAGUAUCUCUACAGCUCCAACAGAAUUAAAUAGAUCUUUAGCAUUAAUAAAAGAACUAGAUUAUAGAUCAGGAGAGGUCGUAGACAAGAUAGAGACAUUAAAAGCAAAUCUAUUGGCAACAACACCUUCAGGUCGAAAAGCAGCACAAGAACUAUUGAAUGAAAAGAGUUCAAAGUCUCUAAAGAAUGAUAUAAAGAUGAUACUAGAGUAUGCAGAUGAAAAAGUGGAAUUAUCAAAUCAGUCAUAUGAACUUAUUGAUAGAUAUAUUAGAAAAUUGGAUACAGAACUUAAAAAAUUUGAAACAGAGAUUGAAGAAGCUGAAGAUGAUAAGAAAAAGAAAAAAUCAUCUAUUACAGCAGAUACUCCAAAGAAAGGAAAAUCAUCUUCUACGCUUAGCCGUAAAAAAUCACAAGCAGAAAUUGUUAUUCCAGAUCCAAAGAUGGCAAGUUCAAGUGAGUUGGACAUGGCAAUCGAUCCAAAUGAACCAACUUAUUGUAUUUGUGGACGUGUAUCUUUUGGUGAAAUGAUUGAAUGUGAAAGUUCUGGAUGUAAGAUUGAAUGGUUCCAUUUUGAAUGUGUUGGACUUACUCAACCACCCAAAGGUAAAUGGUAUUGCCCAGAUUGUACAAAAAAGAGAUCACUUAAAUAA